AUGGCGGACGAACUGAGUUCACGGAGCUUGUCUUUAGCCGUUGUCGAAGUUACCUCGCUUAUAAUCCUGAAUGUGUUGUCCUUGACAGGAAACACGUUAGUUUGUAUUUCUGUCUACAAGAACACGCGGCUUCGCACAACUACAAAUCUUUAUAUCAUUGCCCUGGCUCUCAGCGAUUUAUUAUCAGCUGUUUUUGUCAUGCCUUUUGGAACUGGUGUACUGUUAACCAGCAAGUGGAUUUUCGGCGGAGUGUUCUGCCAAUUUCACGCCUUCUUCAGCCUGUUUGUCAUCUAUGUUUCACCUGUAACCAUGGGUUUAACGGCUGUUAACCGUUAUGUGCGAAUGUGCAAGUCAGACAGACAAUAUAAGAAACUGUUUUCAGCCCACAAGUCGCGCGCCUUACUCGGGACUGUCUGGUUAUUUGUUGCUUGUUACACCGUUGUUCCACGUCUAGCUGGUCUUCAAGCAUACGAGUUCGUUCAGGGCUACGCUCAAUGCUCCAUUGCUCAUCUCAGCGAAAGUGGUAAAUUAAUCCAUUAUGGCAUUGUUCUCACUUUGUUCUUUUUAACACCAUUAAUGGCGACGAUAAUAAGCUACAUAAAAGUUGCCAGGAUGAUAAAACAACACAACGCAGAUGCACUAUACGCAAUACAGCGAAGCGAGAGACACACCUACAUCACACCACACGAGAUUAAAGUCAGUAAAUCUCUAUUUGCUGUUGUCUUUGCAUUUAUGAUUUGCUGGAUCCCGUUUUGGGUUAUCGUCGUUUUGCGACGGUUCCGUCUUGUCGCCAGCAUGCCUCGAAACGUUGAACUGCUAUGCAUGUUUCUACUAUAUUUUUCCAACACAAUUAAUCCGUUUAUAUAUGCUGGAAUGAAUCCUGUCUUCAAAAGAGAAUUCCGAAAAAUUAUAUUUUGCAAUCGUUAUCGAGGAAGUAAAGUUGGCUUUUUGUCGGCGGGUGGAGAGUUUAAGACAGAAGAGGUAGAAACUCUUAGCACUAUUUUGGCUAAAAAUCGAGUGAGGCGUCAAAACAAGCAUCUUUCUAAAUCAGAAUCUGGUCAUCGCCCAGAAGUGAGUCAAAUUUAUCAAACUGUAGAGGGAGAGAUGAGCUAUAUACUAAGCCAACAAAACAAUACUAGUACAGCCCAAGACAUCCUAGACGGAAAAGAAUUGUAUCAGAUGGUCGAAGAAAAUCCAGUAUCUCCAUCGCAGCAGGAAAGCAAAUGCGAAACAACACAUCAAGUAUAAGCAAAGAUGGAAAAUUAGCCAGAGCUAGACUGUUCACAGUCCCCUAUUUUUUCGAGAGAUCGUUUAGAUAUACCGCGUCUUACCGUCACGGGUUUCUCGAUUUUCAAAAUUUACCGAGGGGGCGGGCGUCGGGGAUUAUAGCUCGGGGAGGGGGUUGGGGGAAGGUGGAGAAAAAUGGAGGGACUGUAAUAACAUCACUGCAGCUCGCGUUCACGGAGCGCGUUGUACCAGCAACGCAGGCGUUUGAUUGGUCAUUAGACAAUAGAUGUUAAUUUGCGUUGACAACGGGUUUGACAAGUCGUUGACAAGUCGACGUUUCCAUAAAACGUACUCUUUUAUACCAUAAGGCACAUCUUGCGCCCGAAGGAUUUUUGGUAUUUUGAUUAGGAAAAUGUUUUCUUGUGCACGUUUGCCGAUUUUAUUUCGAGGAAUGGCCCAGAAACAUUAUAAAAUCACUGUUUCGCAAGGAGAUAUUUGCGUAAUCUAUGCUAAAUGUGUCUGGCAUGUUUUUCAUCACCAGCGGAGUUUCUUAAUUAAUGAAUGGUAAAAGGCGUGAAAUUCCUGUCACACCUCCUGAACGCGAGCUGCAGUGAUGUUAUUAUAGUCCCUCUAUUUUUCUUGCUUCCUCCCAAACCGCCCCCGACCCCUAAGUAGUUUUGACACUCAUGCAAGAUGGCAGCCCGUAACACAAAGUGCUCGAUCUCGAUGAUCUUACCGAAAAAUAGAGGACUGUGAACAGUCUAAGCCAGAGCAGGUAUACUUCACUCUGCAUCAAAAAAUCAGUUGUCAAAACAAGCCCACAAAUAAUAAUUGAAUAAUCCUUUAGGCAUGUCAAGGUUUACCCAGACCAUUGCCUGUGUUCCCUGUUCCGACCCUCCAGAAUAGAAAAACAAAAACAGCCAUGUUGUGAGGUUCUGGACGGUUUGUAAAAGUCUAAACUAUAGGUAAAAUCAGUGCCGUCGAAGCGAUCAACAAACCUUGAGAGUUUCGUGCCCACUUCCUCACAGGCGAAACACUGCAGCUCCUUUUUCAAUUGUGGCUCUUUUGAACUUUCAUAAUGACAACAGAGGCACACUUAAUCCCUAGUUUUUUUUUUUGGCAAUGAGCCGUGAACACACUUUUGGCUAACUUUCAGUAUGUUCAUUUGUUCAUUAACCAUAGACAUCUCUGAUGAUGUAGCUAUAAACAGUUAUGAACGUAAGUAACUAGAAGCCGUCCGCAUCUGCUAACAUUGGCAACUUAACCUAAAAUAUUCUCGACCUCGUUAUCAGAGAGAUCGGCUUUUAAGUCUGUCUCAUACUCGUCUAAUUGCGGUAAACGAUCAUCUACAAAGGUGGCCUAGACUGAAACAGUGCUGAGACAGUUGAAGUUGUGUGAACUUGUGCUUAAAGAACGUUGACAUUAAUGCAGCCCUUAGUUUUCUCAGCACAUACAGAACUAUUCCUUUCAUCUGUUUUUCAAUGAUUAAGCAAUCAAAAGGUUCAGUUUGCAAAAGAAGGUCGGCUUAACUGAACUGAUAUUCCGUACCGGAAUGUCGAAAAAGGGAGAACCAGGUGUGGAAGUAGUGGUUGCCGGUAGCCAUGAAUUAAUAUUCGGAUGGAUUAUAGUGUUUAGGCCUCUUCAAACAUUACCUCGUUUCUACACCUUUUCAAUUUAAUAAGCAGUGAACCAUGUGAUCCUUGUUGAUGCUCUCAGAAUACAGAAAUAAAUAGAGAAGAAACUGGACCAGGGGUGAACACUUGGAACAAUCGGGAAGAAAACAUGAUCUGUUCUGGAGACAUUCAAUGUGAUCAUAACAGAGAUACGAAGUAGGAAUCCCUUGGAAAAAGCAUCACGAUCCUUUGCGAAACAAAUGCAAUCUACACCUAUCAAGAUAACAGUCCUCAAAAUCGGACUCAAUCCAGAGCAACUCAAGGAGUAUGAUCAUGUGAUUAAGUAUCAGCUUGGUAAAAGAAUCGAAUUACUGAGAAAGUUGACCUUUUAGAAAAAGCUGAAGAGAGAAAGAAUUAUUAUCUUCCUCUUCGUUAUGUAGUACGGACUGAAAAGAAACUUUGCGUUGUUUAUGAAUUGGCUCACCCCGACUUCCCAGACACACUGAUCAGAUUUCGAGUCAAUCCUGUUGCAGUAUUUGGAGACAUCGCAAAAGCCUGAGAUUUUCUGCGAUUUUUGUGAAAAGAUUGAUGUUAAAUCAGCUAAAACUAAGGUAUUAGUGUAUCAGGUUUACAGGCCAGAUGGUUGGUGUUACAUCAAGCCCAUUUUUGUUAUUUCUACUCUCCUCAAACACUUGACAGGUAAUAUACAGUAUCUAAGGCAGUGAGACUCUUCCUUCGCUCAAGCUAUGAUGAUAAUCUCGGACUGAGCCUCAGAUGGGAGUAAACUCAGAAGCGACCACGCCGAAAGUUAAAAAGAAUUCGAUUGUAGAAGAUGGAACCUUCAAUCGAACAUUGGUCGCCUCAAGGAGAGACACGCACCACUACCGAGCAAAGAGUGAUCAGGAAUGAUGCCUAUAAAAUAACAGGCGACUUAUUAUUUAAUAUUUCUCUAAAUUUUGAGUGCAUAACUUGAAGAUGUUUCAUGGGAAUGAAAUGAUGGACAUCUGUAAAUCCUAUCCAUUAUUAGUGGGCGGGUUUACAAAUUCUACAUACUUUCUUUGCACACUGCGCUUUCUCCAAAGGUAUGCCUCGACACGAUCACAUUUCCUCAUCAUUAUCCCAAAUUUCCAACACUUAUUUAUUGCUUUUGUUGGUCAAGUAUAACCACCUCAACAGUGUAAACCUUUGUCACCGCCUAAGCCAUAGCAGUGGUAUCUUCCACUGAUAUUUGCAGAUAGUUUUGGCAGUCCAGACGUUAAAGCAAACCACAACUGUUUAACAAAACGGGGUUAGUUAGUUAAAAGUGAAUUCGAUAUGAAUCCUUGGAAAAAAGUCUGUGUAGUUUAACAAUAACGAAGCCGCAUAACAUACUAUAAUGAUAAAUUUUAUUACUUGUCAUUAAUAUUUUCUUUUUAAUGUUACUUGUUGUAUCCAAUAAGAAAAUAUUUGAGAAAAAUCUGCUAUUACUCAUGCAAAUGAUGUUUGUGCAUUAUUUUCCUUUACAUAAUAAUCUUUAAGGUGGCUCGAUACAGUUUUUCAGGGUCAAUACCUGCCAAGUUUGAGCAUAAACUACGUCGCCAAAAACAAAGUUUUGGAAUAUUGCCACCACAGUUGUAUGAGAUAAAGAUGAAAAUUUGUUCUGAUCAGGGUUGCCAUCGAUACCAACGAAAUGAAUAAACCCUAUUUUCUUAGCAAUCGGCACUGGGAACUGUUCUUCGAAAAUCAUUCUUUCACGCUUUUUUUCCAAAAGCCUCGAUAUUCGUGACGUUUGAAAUCCAAAAGAGCGUUUUCGAGAUAAUUUUGGGACAAAGUUUUUGUCCAUUUUAGAAACACAUAAAAAAUGGACAAAUUGUUUUUCCCCUUUAUCUUUCGAAAAUGCUCUUACACUUUCGACAUGAAAUUUCACGAACAUAGUAGUUUCAAUGGAGGAAAAAGCGUGUGAAUGAAAGAUCAGUUGGGAGUGCCGAGACCGAUUGCUAGUAAAAAAGGGUUUCAUUUCGUAUGUAUCGAGGCGCUCUUGUUGCGGUUUUGUAAACAUUUUUUCAUCUUCAUCUAAAAAUUGUGAAUAAUUUUUAAAUUUUUCGAAAAUUUUUUAAAAUUUAAUAUUCUUGCUCAAACUUUAAUAGGUAUUGACCCCGAAAAACUGUAUCGAGCCACCUUAAGUCAAUUAUUGAUGUUGGCGGAGUCUUGCCUUGGGUGAACUCUGUUUGCUGGGAUGCAGAUAAUGACGAUUUCAUUUGCCAUAUGGAUGAAUUUGCCCUGUACAGUGAGCCGCAGUUUCAAAGUGUUCACAGGUGAAGACAUUCGCAAUAACUAGCUUUCCCCCGAUCAUAUUUUCCAAGAAAAAUUUAUGUCAUCAAGAAAUAUUUUAUGGGGGAUUCCAGCCAGUCUUAUUACCUCCAUGUUCUACAAGUUUAUUUCCCUUUAAUAAUUUAAAGUUUCAGAGUUUUCAAAAAGUGUAGAACGAGGCAAGGGAAGGCGCUAGACUGCACCAUUUAUUUCUUUCACUUUCACGCGAGUGUUCUUUACCCAACACGCUGAUUUGGCUGUUUUAGAGUUAUCUUCCAUGCAAACAUAAUCUUCAAGAAUUCUCUUUUGAAAGCGCGGUUUGUACAAGUGUAUAUAAAAGGAUUUACAGUAGAGCUUAGAAACAAGAGGAGGACAGCGAGUAAUUGAACUUCUCUGGAAAUGACUACAAGAGAAAAACGUUCCGUGACGAGAAUCGCCCAAAAUGGUACCCAGCAUAUAAAGAUACUUGCAACGACAAAAAACAGAGUUUUGCUCAUUUUGAUUUCAUUAAGUGUGAUCCUCGCUCGACUCAUUGAAUUCUGAAGAUAAGGGGUGACCAUCAAGUGGUGUUCAUGGACUUUUUGAAAUAGCUUAAAAUAACUGUAAGAUGAUAUAACAAGUGGAACAAAGAAGUAGAAGACUCCCAAUGCAAUGUAGUGAAGAAGUUUUCUGAUUUCAGAUAGGUGUCCUAUUAUGCACGUUGCAUAUCCGGGAGUAAAGACAAAUUUUUGCCAGCCUGUCAGUCUCGCCAGGACGAUGUAGGAAAACAGCAGUAGCCAUACCAAAGACAAAUAAAGUUUAGAACGUCUAGGGGAAAAGAGCCGGUUAUAUUGGUUUGUCUUAACAAUCCUAACGUACCGGUUGAGAGCUGUAAGACUAAUGGUUGCCGGCGAAACGUAAGUGACAAAAAUAUCCACAAAAGCCUCAAUUUGACAAAGCACGUAACCAAAGAUCCAUUCACCAACAGCGAGUGUUACUGAAGUGAGCGGCAUUUCUACAGCGGCGCAAGAUAAAUCACUGACUGCCAAGGCAAUGAUAUAGAGGUUUGUUGUUGUUCGAAGCCGUCUGUUUCUAUAGACUGCAAUUAUGACCAUGGUGUUGCCAACAAAACUCACUACAGUUAGCAAAAUACAAAGAGAUGACUCCAAUAUAACUUGUGAUAAGCUUCGAUACUCAAGAGAGAGCGAGGAAAUGUUCAUGGUCUUUCCAAUAAAGAAGAGGGGGUUGAAUUGUUAAAUGUAAGGAUUACACGGAAUCAGAAAAUUGCUUGGGAGAAAAAAUAAUUGUUUCCGAUUCCUAUUCUUAAACAGCUGCUUACUCCAAUAAAUAGGAUGAAAAGAAAUAAUUUCCUCCCUUUUUAUCGUGACCGCACCAAUAAUAAUUGCGGAAGACAGACAGCCGGGCGCCACAAAACAUGAACUUGUAUUGUUCCAAAUAAUUGAGCAUCCUUCCUCGAGCCUCUCAAGAUACAUUAGCAAUGAACUUAUGGCACCAAAACUAAAUAGUAUGUGCAAAGAAAUAUCAAUUUCACCCCUAGCUCUGUCGUUUAUUAUUGACGUAUUGGUUGAAAAAAAAAUGUGAUAAUAUCAGUCUGGUUACAAAUGAGGUCUGCUGCACUUAGGUAGAACAUAAAUAUUGUCUCUUUAAUAAAUGAGUUAGAACUUUUUGUUUCCUUUAUUUCAAGUUUCCUAUAAGCCUUCCAAACUUUCUCUAGCUUUAAUCAUCAAACAGUUCGCAUGAAAAAUGAAUAUUGUGUCUAGACGUCUCGAUUUCUAGUUCAACUUAAUCGACUGCUUAUCGCGCGAAUUGUUGUUCCCCACUGAAAAGCAUUUUGUAGCUUGUUUGUUACAGCGUCAGAAUCGCAAUAUUUUCAUGUGGUCUUUAAUAUGAACCAAUUAUCAGUAUUCGUCUUUUCUUACAAAACUACAAACCACAGACCAAUUUUCAAUAAACACAGUUAAAUCGGUACAAAUUUUAAAUGAGCGGAUGAGUUGGAAAUGCAAUCGUAAGAAAACUAAAAGUAAUUUAAAAAGUACAUGAUCGUGUUGUGCUAUACACAGCGAAUGACGAACUGUUUAAAGCUGAACAAUAAAAGUAAUCGGAAGCAAAAUAUAUACAACAACAAUCAAGCGAAAGAAACAAAAAACUGUUCCAAAAAAAUAAUAAAAUAAUAAUAAAACCAAUGAAAAACAAAACCAAAGAAACAAGCUAAUGAUAUUUUUUUUUUUUAUGGCAAAAUACAUUGUUAAAAUGGUACAAAAAAAGAAGAACAACAAUACCUAAAGAUAAGUCAGAAAAGUCUGUCUCUGUAAAUUAUAUUGUUGAUGAACAAAAGCCCAGACACUUUUCGAGGCUUUCGAAAGUUAGAAAAUGAUCUCUCAGGAAGUAAAACAAUGCAAAUAAUAAAGACGAACGAAAUUUACAUAUUGCACUUUAUCUGUUUGUUUCCAACGGCCGUUUGUCAAAGAAACCUACGAAAGUCUGUGAGUGAAUUGAUAACAGCAAGUGGCAACAAUUUUAAACACUUGUCGAAAUUUCUCUUCUUUAAUUAAGUUAUAAGCUUCUGUCGUUUCCAGUGUGUGUUAGAGUAUUGCACAAGAAACAUCUGUCACAGAAAAAAAAAUUACAACAGACAAGUUUUUCAGAUGGCGCUAGCCUAGUCCCUAAUUUCCCUUUCUACCGAAAUGAAGCGCAGAAAAGUCCUGAAAAUCCACUUGAAAUUAUUAUCGUUGUCAUGCAGAAUCUAGGAUGAAGCACUACAGAAAAGAAACAAAAACUCGAGGAGAAAAAAAUCAUUAUUCAUUCGCUCAUCUAAAGUGAUGAUUUUAUGUCAAUGGCUUCCCACCUGAGAUCAAUUGGCAUAUAAUUUGACUUGGACAAACUAUGUUGGGACAAACCAACUGAAUUGAAAGCUGACAUUUAGCAUCUUUGCUAACAGCUAGAACAAUGCAAACGCCUUCCAACUCCACCCCCCCCCCCCUUCCACCCCCACUCUUUUCAUUGGUUAACAAACUCUUAUUUGGCCAUACCCACCCACCCACUUAACCACCUUUGUGCGGAGGUGGUAUCACUCACCCACAUACAUGUAUACACGUUGCUCUUGUGACUUGUGAAGUGGCCGUUCAGGCAAACACGUCCACUGCCCACUUGGUCUAAUGGGCCGUGAACGAAACACUCACGCACAAGUUCCUUUAGCCCCAAAAAUUCCGUGCGGUGGCCGUACCACGCUUUCUCGCAUGUAUGUUCAUAUGAACACAAAUUUCUGAUAAAACUAUUAAACAACAUUAAUUCCCUAGCUGGUGAAGUGACAACACCAGUAUUCUCUAUAGGGGAAACAUAAAUAUCGGUUGAUUUUUAAAUAAGUUUAAGACAUCACAAAUGAGAGCGGUGGAUGAUGAACAAUUAAGCAAAAACAUAACACCAGGCCAACCUUGAACUGAGCAGCGAAAGGAAUACUUAACACAGGUAUAUCAAAGGGCAACUUCCUGCUCAAGAUUUCUGAGGUUCGAAAAUAUGCAAUCGCGGAAAAGGCGGAUGUGUUUUGGAUAUGACCCGAUACACCGCUAAAAAGGAUUCCACGCUGGUCAUACUCUCGAGAUAUCUAUUUUUUUUUUUUUCAUGGAACUAUCACUGUUUACUCAGCGAGUAUGACAGGCAAAGACUAUAAGACCACCAUCGACGGUGAUAAUGACAAUAACAGUCAGUUACAAGCAAUAGUAACGGCGAUAACUUUCUGAUGGGAGACAUGUUCAUUAUGCCCUAUAGUUCGUGUCUUAGCCGGGGUGGCUUCGCGCAUAAGCAAUAAUUGUUGUGCUUUUACGUGAUAAUCACGACCUUCACCAGCACCACCGCCGCCACCUCCACCACCGCCACCACCACUACUAUCAUCGUUGUUGUUGUUAUUAUUAUUAUUAUUAUUAUUAUUAUUAUUAUUAUUAUUAUUAUUAUUAUUAUUAUUAUUAUUAUUAAGGGCGAGUAACAUCUUAGGGAACAGAAAAUAAGUGUGCGUCAUUUUCAUCAAAAUUGAGCCACACUAAAGGCGCAAUAAUCUAAUAUCAAACAAAAUAUAAUGAAUACACGAUCGCGGUAAUUUUGCGACGCAUUGUCAAUGUAUUAAAUCAGAUACACUGUACCUUGAAGCUUCUAAUAUACAUAACAAUCCGUUAAGUAGAGAAAAGGGCCAACACCUAAAUGUUGUGUGUUUUAAUUUGCUUUUUAUCCUUACGUACUUUACACUGUGACACACCUCCGUAUCAAAAUUAGUUACGUUACAAUUUGCACUAUUUUAAAGUCACAAUAUCAAAAAUACUAGGAUCAAUCAAUAUGAAAAUAUACCUAUAAAUGCUAUUAAAACCGAAAGUUGCUAACUUUAUUUUUGCGUCAAGUAAAUAUUUUUUUCCCAGUGUUGUUCUCCUCUUUCACUGUCAAAUUUUCUCUAGUUGCUAAAGUUCUGCGGGAUCAAGCGUACUAAUAAAAAUAAAGGACGACCGUUAAGUCUUUAGAUAGCUUGCUUUCCACUUCUUUGGUUUCCGUAAUAACUGUUUGAAGAUACUUUUAAAACAAUUUGUGAUCAGACGGUGUGUUCAGCGUGAACCUUAUUUUUACCAUUUUUUAGUCUCGGCAUGGCCCUUAGAAUCUCCCUUGAGAAAGGUCUUUGCAAAGCUCCGUAUAUUAUAGGAUGAAGUACAGGGACGGAAAUCCAGAAAAAAGUAGAGGUAAGAUGUAUCUGACGUGGAAGCGUUAUGGAAAAUGCCAAAAUCCUGAUGACUACAGUCGGUAACCAGAAGAGAAGAACUGCAGUCGUAAGGUAAAGUAAAACUCGAUUUGUUUUUCUUUUCUCUGCAAAAAUUCUCAGCAAAAUUUCUCUUCCUUCUUGGACGUGUCCAGAAGCGUGUACGGACACGUUAAUACGCCUUUUGAUUUUGCACCAUGUCAGCAGUGACAAAACAGUCAAAGCUUUACAUAAUGCCAGUGUGAUUACCGCAUAAGACGUGCCUAGGCUAUAGUCUCCUUUGUUGGGGGCCAAGGAACAUAGCGCCGCGUCAGGAUAAAAUCGAUAAGUGGAGGCCCCAGCCGCUUCGAAACAUAUCGCAAUUAUUAUCACUAUGACCCAGAUCACCAUGAUCAUGCCAUACGCACGGUCGACCGAAAACCAUUUGUUGUAAAGGGGCAACCGGGUUAUCUGAAAUAAAUGACUACUAACCGCAAGUGUUAGUGUCAAUAAAUAUAUCCAUGUUAACGCGAGGAAUGUGAAUCCUUGGAUGUCACACAAAGUCUUCCCAAACUGCCACUUGCCUGUUAUCAAGGAAGCAGAUGUGAACGGCAUGACGAAGGAGGCAAUGAAUCCGUUUGCGGCGGACAAGGCGAGGAUAAAAGCGUUUGUAGUCGUGUAGAAUCUUGGCUUGAUGUAGAUAACACAACAAAUGAGUAAAUUACCAAACAGUGAAACGAAAUUGAUUAACAAUAUUAGUCCUCCUUCAACGGCCGUGGUAAAUUUGCUUCUUGAACGUAAAGCCAAGGCUCCAUCCGAUAGGUCUGUCAUCUUAAUCAGAAAACUUGUUUCCCCGCUGAAGGUAAAUAAAAACUGAUGCUUUUGUGAACUGAGAAGAUAUUUAUAGCGGUGCAUGUAUUGGUCCACUCUUAAACACAUGACAAAAAACUCCCUUUUUGUCUGAUGAAUAUCCGUGUACUCGACACGCCCGUCCAGCAUGUCAGAAUCCACAUUUGCCCUUUCCGUUUCCCUUUCUAAAAAGUUGCAAAGUUUGCACGUAGCAAAUAUAUAUUUUCCCUAAAGGAUAAUUGCGUCGGUGACUCCAGAUAUUAACCUCAUAACCUUCUCGUGCAUUAAAGCGAGUAUGAAGGGCAUUAGAAUAAUUCAAGGCAUCAUUAAUAAUGAUCUCUUGGAUACUCUUGCGUAACACGGAAUUGACGCAGAAGGAAGGCAAUUGACCAACCCAGAAAACAGCAGAACUCUGCUCGUAUAAUAUCGUUUUGAAUGCUAAUAACUCCAAGCUACCCGGUAUUUUGACGUCUCUUAUUUUUUAUGCUUUCUAAUCAACACAAAGAAAAUAUUAAAGAAACCGGUGUACUCAUUGGAAGAAUUUCUUCAUCUUAUUCCAACAGUAAACAAUUACAGAGCAGUGAGGCGCGCCUUGUGGUAAGUGAGAUGGAUUCAUUAAAACCAAUGGAUAACUAAGAAUUUUGAUAUGAAACUUAAGUAUUCUACCAAAUUGUUUCCGUGUGGUGAAUAUGGAUUGAAAUCAUGAAAGUGAAUGGAGACAAGGGAAAAACUCGAACCUCAUUCAUGCCCUAUAGGGUAAAUGAGCAUCGGUAUAUCUUCAAGCAUUCAUCAGCCAUCUGUGUAUAGCGUAAACCAUAAUUAUGCUAAUUUCUUGAACGACUCCAACAGGAUACAAUAUCAAGAGUAAAUUAUUUAUCAAAGAACCUUUUUGUUCAAAUCAUCAGUCAAUUGAAAGCAAGAGUGAGAUUCUUGACAUGUAUUGUGUGCCCGAUCCAGUCCGAUAACUGACUGAGAGAGUUGACGUAAUUAAGUCUGAAUUAAGUCUGUUUUGUGCAAUUUUAUGAUAUAUAGUCGGCAGAAAAUAAGUAUUUCGAAAUAAACGAAAUUAUAGAAAUUUUGGUAAGUGAAAAACGUUCAUGGAUUUUUUUUGCUGAACUUUAUGAGUUCUGCAGAAGAUCCGUUUGCAAACUGUUUCUUUUUUUUUUUUCAGGGACUGGGAAAAUCGUUGGAAAAAAUGAAAAUCAAGCCAAGUCAUUUAAAUUUAUUAUCAUUUUUAUUCCUUUGUCGCUGAUAAUGCAGUAAGGGUCUAUUUACUUUGUAAAACAGUGUCGUUUUGUGCACAGCUCUCUCGACCGUCUUUCCUUGAUUGGUUCUGUAGGGUAAUGAGUGCAUACUAUUUUUAUGCGCGUGCAUUAUUUAGCAUCGAUCUUGCAUGCUUUUACCUCAGUCCUAAAGAAUCUCAGCGGCCCUUUCGUAUUAAUUCCCGCCUGCCAGUCUUAAAUAAAUAUACGGUAGCAGUCUAUUUAGCUUUUAAAGCUUUCUUAUCCCGCAUAGUGCUUAUACGUUUAUUUUUCUCAAUUGACAGGCUAAGCCGACCGGCUUUAUAAUCUGUUCGCUUUAUGAUUGUCCAAUGUGCCACACUAAUAUCACGCACAAUUCCUAGGAAAUAAUUAAAGCAAAGCAAUUCCUUUGUCGGUAAAUAUCACUGAGCUGGCGAGUAUUGAAGGACACCAGUUCUCCCGCCAUCCCGUAUUUUAAUGAUUUUUUAAAGAUCAUUUUGAAAAAACCUAUUUAGUAAUUGAUUUGAAGGAAAUACUCCUACUAAAAUCUUCUGCCAUCUUAAAACUGCUGGCGUCACUGGAACUAUUAAUAGUUUGAGUGCAUUGAAAUUAUAAAAGCUAGUUGAAGAGCUCAACGUGGAGGUACCACUUUGAAGGUCGGCCAUUAAUCAUAACCGACAACUCAACAGACCUGAGACUAGCUUUCCAUAUUUUAUACAAGUUAAUUUUCUAUCUGCCGAAGAUCAGACCAUGUAACUCAUUUCAACCCGUCAAACAGUAUUUACCUUUUUUCAAUUUUCUCUCCUUAAACUUUUUGAUGUUUUUUUAAGCCCCCUUCUCACCCAUCCGCUCUUCAAUCUUAGACAUGCGUUGCAUGAGACAAAAAUAGUCAUCAUGAAGAUCACAUUGUCGAUUUAUAUUAAUUUAGCCCGUUUAUUUAGGAAAACAAAAAUGCACCUUGAAAGGCGAUUGGAUUAAGGACAGAACAGGAACCUCUUUGAUUUCGCACUGUAAAAUGUGUAUAACCCCCCUAGCUCACAGACAAUAGGCUUUUCGGUGUAGUUCAAUGCAAUCCAAUUAGUUCCAGGUUGACAAUUUUUCGGUAAAACAUAAUUAUUUCCUAAAUGCUUCAAAUUUAAUUGCAUGUUCGACGCUCCUUUAUUUAAUCAAGCUGAAAAGGUGGAUAGCGCCAGAAGUUUCAAAAACAUCAUUUCAUGAAACAGGACGACACUGUGAAGGAGACGUUUUCCUAACAAAGGAUAAUGACUAUCGUAUCGGUGUAAAAGAUAAUGACUGCACCAUAUCGUAUCAAUUAAGUGUGAGACCAAACACAUACUAGAGUAGAAACUACAAUUAUAUGGAUACCAGCUACGCCAUUAAGAGUUUAUAAGGAGGUGCGGGUAUUUUUUAACACAGGACAUAUUACAUAUUUCACUGUUCAUUUCUUUUGUUUUCUUUUUAAUUCUCUAUGUCUUGUUUCCACUCUAUUUCAUUUAUUUUCUCUUCAUUUUCUUUUUAUUAUUUUCUUAUUGUUACUGCAAGGCAGAAUGGAUUUUCUCAGAUUAUUUUUUGUCCCUUUGCCUUCCAACUGUUUGAACACGCUGGAUUAGCAAAUUAAACAAAUUUGACAUCGUUUCAUGAAAGAUAUUAAGGGACAGACCAUUAGAAAAGUUAUGGGGGGGGGGGGAACUUUUCAACCGCAGGAAUUUUUUUCCGCUAUCAGAUUCCAUGUAUGAUUUUUUUUUAAGCCAUGGCAUGAAUAUUUUUCAGGAUUAAUUGGUGUGCAUGAAUUUUUUUUUCAUUUAAUUUUCCCUUGCGAGAAUAUUUUUUUUGUAUUACCCCCCCAUAAGUUUUUUAAUGGUCCGUCCCUAAUAUCUCUUGUUACAUUUCAUAUUUUUAUUCUCUGGCACAAGAAACCGGACACGCGACAUAAUUUCGUUUACUUUACCUACUGGUUUUUGCUUUACUGUACGUUUUGGACACUCGAACGAUCCCUUGAGCCAAAAUAGCCUAUUUACUGCUGAAUUCGCUUUAGCUUUUCAGUGUCUGUCUUUUGUAUAAUAAGCCUUGUGACAAAUUUGCUGUUAUCAUUUGCUGCCAUUGGUCGCGGCUUUGACCAAUCGCUGAUAAGGACUACUCAUACAUACACUACAAAGCAGCUUCACGGGAUCAAGGGUAGGAUGGCUCGAAAGAACCCCACAUCCCCAAUGACGCUGCGGGUAUUCUCGUUCCCACGCAGAGCUUGUCGCUUCGAUUGGUCGCUCGUCCGUUACAAAUUGACCCAAGUGGCUCUGGGAACGAUAAUGCAUUACGGACAAGUGAAGGCUGCGGUUGGGAGGUAUGUGUUAGCCUGUGCACUUACAGAUUCUUACAUUUUCCAUAAACUAAGCAAAACCUUGCUUUCUUAAUUAGCAAGCCCUGUUCGCCCCGCCUAAAAGCUGCCAUUAUUUAUGUGGUAUGCAGCCAUGGCAAGUAGACUAUUAUGUUGGCCUUUGAAGCUCCCGCAUGGGGUACCCCAGUUGUGAUUACCAACUCUGAACUUACCAAAGACAACUGCCUUUAAUAUUAAUUUGUAUUAUUUGGACAGGCUAAACACGGUCUAUAAACGAGGACCUAAUUCCUUUGUGCUAAUUUGUAAAUUCCCUAUUACAUUUUCGUUACUAUAUUGUGUUGUCCUUUGAACUUCAUGUCAAAGUCCAAAAUAUAUCCAUAUAUUUUAUUCGCUUUGUAAUGUUUUCAAACACAUCAAAAGGAGUAAUUCACGUGGAUUUGUAAUUUUAAGCGGGUACAGUAAGGUUUGUUAAAAAGGAUACGGUGUUACACAACCGGUUAUCAAAAAUCAUUAGUGCGGCGGGAAAAUUGACAUUAGCUGUCAAACUCAGCCAAUGGAGUUGUUUCUUAAUAAUAGCAAGCACCGAUUUGUUUAAAUGGUUUAAGCAGCCGGCAAUGUUCUUUCCCAAUCAAAUGACAUAUCUAUCAGCAGCUGUACGUACAUGUUUCCUUGUUUUUCUGAAGACCGAUCUUUGAAGAAUCUAUGCGCAUGCUAUGGUGCUUAGUUUUCCUACAAUUGCCAUCUAGGCUCUAGCACAUGUGCCAAAACAGCAUCACAAUUUAAAUGGUAAAACGAUACGAUUUUUGUUGCCUAUGCUUCGAUCUGAAAAUAACGUAACUGCGAUUUUUAAUUAAUCAAAACCAUUUUAUUUCUUUCAAAUUAGACAAACUGUGCAGCAAUACUUCAGUUAACACAUCGAGUACUGAUUUCAUCAAAAGUCUUCAGUUAUUUAUCGUCAACUGUCUUGAGAUUAUUUCCUUUUCGUGUAACUGGAAUUCGAAAUGGAUGAAGAAAACUUGAAAAGGCUUCAAUACGAACUAGAAAAUAGAGGCAAGGUGACCAUAGUACUUGAAUCAAGUUUGAUGUUGCUUAUUAUUAUGAUAUCGUUUAUUGGAAACUCGCUAAUCAUUUGCGUGGUCUUCCAAAACCCAAGGCUCCGUACCGUCACAAACAUUUUCUUGGUUAGUCUAGCAAUUGCGGAUAUACUAACUUCCUUGCUAGUUAUGCCUUUUUCAGCGUCUAUUUUCAUCCAGGGAAAAUGGAUUUUCAGUGAAGGUGUAUGCAUUUUUCAAGGUGUGUUAGUCCUUUGCCUUGUGUGGAUCUCACUGCAUUUGGUAACCUUAAUGGCUAUAAAUCGAUACUAUUGUGUUCGUAGACCCAGCAUAUACCGAAAAUGGUUUACCAAAAGAUUCACAUUGGGAAUGAUUGCAGCUGUAAGCACUCUUCCUUUCGUUCUUGCUCUUUCACCUUAUUUGGGUGGGUUGGUAACCUACAUCUUCAGACCGGGAAAGGCCGCCUGCUUUAUGACAUUUGAUCCAAGCCGAAAAUUGGGUAACAUAUCAUAUACUAUUUUCUUGUUGCUUAUUUACACAGUUUUACCCAUGACACUCAUCGCGUUGUGUUAUUAUAAAGUUUUUCGCACGGUGAAGCAACAUGUCAUUGCAACGAAAAACACGAUUCGUUCACGUUCCCGCCAUCAGAAUGGUGAUCUAAGUUCUGAAGAACUACGAACGACUAAACUUCUACUGGGACUUGUUUUUGCUUUUGUUAUCAGCUGGACUCCAAUAAUUGCGGUGGAUUUCCUGAAUGCAAUCAUGGGAACAGGAAGCCUGCCUCGCGAGGCGUACGUUACGUACUCUGUGUUUGCGUUUGGAAGCAGUUGCAUAAAUCCAAUUGUAUGCCUAACUCUCAACAGCAAAAUUCGCCGUAAAGCUAUAAAUGUUGUUUUCUUUAAGAGAAUUCGGAGAGUGGGAACUAAUAAGGAAUCAACAAAAGAAAAAAUUCCCGAGCUUACUGUUAUAAGGAUAAAGAGG